GGUUGAAUUUGGCCUGAAUUGCCACUUGAACAUCACCUUAUUGCUCUCCCCAGACAUCCUCAUCAACACGUUGGACUUGGCACAUUGUUGCGAGCAUCGAAAUCCGUCUCUUCUUUUUACCCCGAACCCCUCUACUAGGUCAUAGAUCCGUGAUGUCGAGUUCUGGAGAGGCCACCAUUAUACGCUACCCACGAAGCCUUCUGCUGGAGUUGCAGCAUAGCCCGCUGGUCCAGAAACCAGAAUGCUUGCCGAAUGUUGCUGAGUUGAUGAGUGUUUCUCAGAUACGCGCUGUGAAUAAGACCAGUGAUGGUACAAGUAAAGGGGACGCCCUUGAGGGAAAGCCACGGUCUCAUGCUAAAAAUGGAGAAGCAACCGCAGAUAGGGUGGGAGACGUGGAUCUUCACUCGCUUCGCUCAAAGCCUUCUACAUCUGGGUCCUUACCACGGACAUCUGCUGUUGGAGAAAAAACUAUUGUCUUUGGGCCCCCAAAGAUGAACUUCGCGUCCGCCCAAUCCACUGGUAAUAAGCCUGUAGAUCAUGUUGAAUCUAAAUCCGGUGCAAAACCUGUUGAAGACUUUCCCAGGCCUCCGAAGUAUUCGGUUGCAGAGCGCAUGGCGUCACGCCAAAGCAACCAAAACAACACCAAAGUACGAGAAAACGGCGCGACGGCCAUCCCAACGAGUGAACCUCCCCAAAGGCGCUUAAGCGUAUCUGACCGCUCAUCGGACCGGGGGACACGCAGUUCGGAAAGGUCAACCAGUGGGCGAGAUAGUGACAAAAUGGCGCGGGACUCCGACCGAGUAAACAGUUCAGGAUCGACUUCCAAAACUAGAACAGGGGAACCCGGUUCGUGGAGAGAUCGCAUGGAAGGCCCUUCUGCUCGUUCGGCGAUGGGCAAGGCAGUCCUGGAAAGUCGCUAUUCGGGUAGUACACGCCGGCAGGUCCGCGACCAACAACCAGAGUGGAUGACGGCGGAUACGGAAAAAUUAAAAUUGGAGAGUACCAGCAGCCCUUCAAAUGAACCUCACUCUUCUGCGUCCGGUGAGGAUGACAUACAGCGUUUCAAGGCGCAAAUGAGGAAUCGUGAGCGGUUGGCGAGAUUGGAAGCAGGUGAUGAGAGGGUGAAAGGCGCUCCUGCAGAAGAAUUAGUGCCCAGUAACAAGGCGCCUCAAUCAGUAGCCAAGGAGAGUGAUGGCGUAGAUUCCUUUUUUGAUAUGGGCUUUGACUUGAACAAAGUAGAUGUUGGGGAGCUUUUCGAAGGGCGGAAGAGUGAACAGGCCGUUUCCGGGCACAAGUUUUCCGAACGAUCGCGAUUUGCUCGCUUUUGGAGUGAUGAACCAGAAACCGACUCCCAGAUGUUAUCGGUGCUUAGGCCUGAACAAGCUAACGAGAACAUGCAACGGAUUGGCAUUUCCGACCUGUUUGACGCAGGUGCUGCCGGGCUUCGGGACCAAUCUUCACGCUCUCACCUUUUCUCACAACACCACGUCGAGCAGAGCACGUCUUCCGGAGUUCUGCCCGGCCCCCGCCACGUUUUAAGUGAAGACGAUGUCAUCUCCCGCUAUCGUGCAAAGCAGCGGGUACUUUUGGCGGAAGAAGACAUUAUUACCCGUUACAAAAGCAAGCAAAUAGGUUCAGGGAAUGCAGAUUCAAUGGCACCCAGCUAUCUGAAUGAGAGCAGCACAUCACUUCGGGACGUAGCGGUGGAUCAUCGUCGCGUACAUCCGGUAAGAGCCGAUCCGUCAGAGGAAGAUCGAGCGGGCAUCAACCGCGUGAUGGAGAAGCUCGCAUUCUUUGGAAUGAGCCAGACCCCUAUUGUGAAUGAAGAGCCACAAAGUGUGCGACAAAAGCAUCAGCAUAUGAACCAGUCGGCUGUGCUCCGCACCCAUUCAUCCGAUCACCCGUCCGUACAUCAUACAAAUUCAAUUCCGCCACAAUCCCAAUUUUAUGAACGUGAGCAGGGCCCACGCCCUCCAGCUCAAUCGUUGUAUCGCAGCACCAUGAAUAUGGGUCUUCCCGACGAUCCGACAUCUCAGUUAACCGCAAUGAUUCAAGCUGCUAGCAAAGCCAAGCAAAAUCAUCAAAGUCCACAGGAUGGCUUACGUCCUCUCAAACAGCCUGUGGAUCCUGUCGACUUCCUUGCGGGAGAUACUCGAGUUCCACCUGCUGCACCGAAUGUUAUGUUUGUUCCUCCGUUCGGCACCAUGGGACAUCCAAUUCGGCCAGGAUUGGGCCAUCAGGGCUUGCAGCAUCCUCCCGUGGCCAUGCGACCCAGCGUGCCUCCUUUUCUUCCCAAUGGACCAGUGCCGUUCAUUCCCCCCCAUUUGCUGCCACCUGGAGCCUCGCAGUUCCCCCCGCAACCGCCACUCCUUCCCGGAAUGUUCCCUCCUGGAAGUGUACCUCCAUAUGGGAUGCCUGGAGUCCCGCCCCCCUAUCCAGUGUUUAUGAAUCCUGGCGUCCCACUUCCGCCUAUGAAACCCCCACCCGUGGAUGACAUCGACAAACCGAACAUUCUUCAGUCCGCCUCUUGAAUUGGUUUUCGAGCCGUUCCUAUUCGUGAUUCUAGUAGGUGAAUGUAAAUGUCCGGCAUAUCUUGUGUCGAUUGUAUAAAUGUGCGAACUCCAUCAAUGAGAGCAAUAGCAUGGAAUGAUCAGCAAACUCUCCUCUGUUGACACUUGUACAGGAUCUUCCACAUCUCAUACCAGAUGUCGAGGCUAGCGUUCCUCUCAAACGUCAAAUGCAUAUUAAACAACAAUAAAACAAAUCUAGCAUUAUAUAUACAGAAGUCUAUAUGCUUAAUACUAAUACUAUGACUGCUUAGACCUUUCAGCACGCUUGCGCUCUUGCUGGAGUUUGAAGGCGCGCCUCGACGCUUCUCCU